GACCCGCGCCGGGCGUUCCGGCGCCAGCCGGCCUGCGGACAGCUGCAGCAUGGAGGCUGGCAGCCUGGGUCGCGCAGUGUGCUUGCUGACUGGGGCCUCCCGCGGCUUCGGCCGCGCGCUAGCCCCUUUCUUGGCCCAGCUGCUGUCGCCCGGUUCGGUGCUGCUCCUAAGCGCCCGCAGUGACGACGCGCUGCAGGAGGUCGAGGCCGAGCUCGGCGCCGGGCGGCCUGGGCUGCGCGUCCUGCGGGUGCCCGCCGACCUAGGCUCGGACGCCGGCUUGCAGCAGCUGCUCAGGGCCCUUCGCGAGCUGCCCAGGCCCGAGGGCCUACAGAGACUGCUGCUCAUCAACAACGCAGCCACUCUUGGAGAUGUUUCCAAAGGCUUCCUGAACCUGAAUGAUCCCACUGAAGUGAACAACUAUUGGGCUAUGAACUUGACCUCCACGCUUUGCCUGACCUCUGGUGCUUUGAAGGCCUUCUCUGACAGUCCUGGCCUCCACAGGACAGUAGUUAACAUCUCAUCCCUCUGUGCCCAGAUGCCCUUCAAGGGCUGGGCAUUGUACUGUGCAGGGAAGGCUGCCCGUGACAUGAUGUUCCAGGUCCUGGCCGCAGAAGAGCCUACUGUGAGAGUACUGAGUUAUGCCCCAGGUCCCCUGGACACAGACAUGCAACAGUUGGCCCGGGAGACCUCCGUAGACUCAGACUUGCGGAAAAGCCUGCAGGACCUAAAGGCAAAGGGGCAGCUGGUAGACUGCAAAGUGUCAGCCCAGAAACUCGUGAGCUUGUUGCAAACAGACACGUUCGAGUCUGGAGCUCAUGUGGACUUCUAUGAUAAAUAAGCCCAUGUCCUUCACUUCCUGUCCUCACAUCCUGCCUUUGCAGCCCUACAACACUGUCUUAUACAGAUAAGCA